CGGAACUUUAUGUGCUUCUGUUCACAUCAACCGUAUAUGUUCAAUAUUUAAACACAGCCGGGAAUGCGUAUUAUUGUAAUGAAGAAAGUGUCUGUGACUCUGUAAUACUGACAGUAUGAAGGCAACAUACCUCAAUUACUUUUGGACAGCGAUUCUCGUACAAGCUACGCUUCACUGCUGUGUACAAUGCAACUGUUGUGAUGACCAUAGUUGCUACGCCUACAAUUACCCCAACUCAAUCUGCCCAUAUGGCUGCAAAGAUGGGUAUAGGGGAGAAGAAUGCACAUUAAGAUGCGCAAACGAUUGUCAGAGAUGUGACCGUUAUUCCGUGCGAUGCAGCACGUGCAAUAAUUGGUAUUACUUAGACUCUAAUGGAUAUUGUUGCUACCAAGGGUGUCUUUGCAACAACUUUUCCUUUUGCUAUGGAUGUAUACAAGGGUAUUACAAAAACGGUUACUUUUGUAGCCCAUGCAGCAACAAUUGUACAUCUUGUAUAGACUGGAACAGAUGCGUUGAAUGCAAUCAAGGAUAUUUUAAGCAAUUAUAUCAGUAUAAUUCUGAAAGUUAUUAUUUUUGUUAUCAAUGUAUGAACACAUGUAUGACGUGCACAAAUAGCAGCACUUGCGAUGUUUGCAAAACAGGAUUUCAUGGUCUGCAGUGUCAGCAACGUUGUUCAACUAACUGCAAGGGCGGCUACUGUUAUAAAGAAACCGGGGAAUGUACCUGUUUUGAAGUCAGUGGAAGUAAAUGCGACACGUGUCUAGAGGGAUAUUAUGGGCCCGAUUGUUCCAAGCUGUGCUCACCAGGUUGCAAGGAUGGUUGUGACGGAAAAAUUGGAACGUGUACAUGUAAGCCAAAACAUACAGGUCGGUUGUGUGAUACGUGCAUUGACGGAUGGUUUGGGCAAAAUUGCGAACAAGCCUGUAGACAGAAUUGCAAAUCAUGUACGGACGGACACACGUGUGUGGAAUGCAUUGAUGGAUACCAUGAUAACGACUGCAGUCAAAAUUGCUCAGGCGGAUGUCUCGACAUGUUAUGUCGCCAGAACGAUGCCGUUUGUACACGUGGAUGUAAACCCGGAUACUCCAGUGCAUAUUGCUGUCAACCAGGUAUGUUUGGAUUGUCGUGUGAGAGCAACUGUCCAUCAAAUUGUGGUACGUGUACAUCUCUGGCCGAAUGUCAAAGUUGUAAAGACGGCUUUCAUGGAUCAUUAUGCAACCAAACUUGUCCUGCUAUGUGCAACAGUUGCACCUCGCCUUGGAUCUGUACUGCAUGCAACAACGGAUAUACCGGGGUAACUUGUCAGAUAAGCUGUCCUAAAAACUGCUUGAAAUGUAGUAAUGAUGGCAAAUGUGAAACAUGCAAAGGUGGAUUUUCUAGACCAGAUACAGGAUGUCAGUGUUUAGAUACUCUAUGUACGUCUCCUGAGUGUAUAUCAUGUGCGAAUUCAACAUACUAUAAGGAAGGAUCUACAUGUUGCCCUUGCAACAGUAAAUGUAAACAUAACACAUGCAUAUCAAGUGAUCAUUGUAUAGACGGAUGUAAAGAUGGCUUUUUCGGAGUCAAUUGCGAGUUCAACUGUACGCAGAUCGACAUUAUGUGUUCUGCGUGUAGUGGUAAUAGUCUUGUUUCUUCUUUUUGUAAAAGCUGUAAUUAUGGAUAUUUUGCGUAUACAAACCGUACAUGUAUGACAUGUUCAGGUUUGUGUGUGGAAGGUCAAUGUAAUAGUUCCAAUGGACUUUGUGAAAAGGGUUGCAAAGAUGGAUUCUGGAAGCCAAGGUGUGACCAUAAUUGUAGUGAAAUGUGUACCGCAUGUAACCAGGUUAGUGGAGAUUGUUUGACUUGCUCAUUGACAAGUAUUUUCGGUGCAAAGUGUGAUAUGCCAUGUAGUAAAACGUGUAUUAAUACAUCAUGUCAUAACAAUGGGAUUUGCACCAGCGGAUGCAUAUCUGAUUUCUAUGGACCAUCCUGUGAGAAGUCGUGUCCUACCGAUUGUGCCCGUAGUGGUAACGGAACAAGAUGUUCACAUGCAACAGGUUUAUGUCUGUUUGGCUGCAACGAAGGAUUUAUAGGAGAAGAUUGCAUGACAGCUCUCGAGUUAGACAAUAGUGAAGGUACAUUACAAGCAGCAGCAAUAGGAGGAGGAGUGGCAGCUGCCGUGAUAGUUUCUCUUGUUGUGGUCGUAGGAUUAGUUAUCUUCUUCCGUAGAAGAUCUCAUGCACCAAAAACUGAAACCAUCUCAGAAGAAUCAAACAAUGCAAGCAACUCGUCUGCACCAGUGUAUGCAUUAGUCACGCGCAGAGAGCAUCCGGUUUCGGUGUAUGAAAACACUUCGUCUGUAAAAGCAAAUAAUACAGCAGUUCAAGUGCAGAACCCUGUUCACACAAAAAGUCGUCUGGACCCGGUCUCCCCAAGGGAAGGCACUUCAAUAACAACAGAAGACAGUUUAGAAAUCGAUGAAUGGGACAGUAUCGCUCGCAGUAAUGCGAUCAUAUUCGAAGAAAACGGAGGGGUGUACUACAACAACAUCGAGAAAGUAAAGGCACUGAAAAUUCAAGUUGAAGAACUGAAGAGAUUUGUGAUAACAAAGAAUAUGGACUACUUCAAGAAAGAGUUUGAGAAACUUCCGUACGGGCUUCUAAAAGAGUACCGGGUUUCGCAAAUGAAGGCAAACAUUGGCAAAAACAGAUACAAAGGCAUUUAUCCUUAUGACGACUCCAGAGUGAAAGUUCGAGGUGGAGACACUGACUAUAUCAAUGCUAGUUUCAUUGACGGUUACAAAAAGCGGAACGAAUACAUUGCAACAUUGGGCCCCAUGUCUAAACAACUUGGCAAUUUUGCGACUUUCUGGAGAAUGGUGUGGCAACAUAACGUAGAAAAAAUUGUGAUGGUCACAAAUCUGGUAGAGGAAGCGGCGAGUAUAUGUUAUUGUAUUAAAGACAAGUGCGAGAAGUACUGGCCCAGCGUUGGUUCCACCCAAAUGUACGGUGAUAUACAAGUCGUAUGUGAGAGUGAAGAAGAAUUUGCCGAAUUUUCACGACGAAAAUUUACUGUUACGAAGGAGAGUCACACGCGGACAUUGACUCACUUGCAAUUCACAUCGUGGCCAGACAAAGACGUUCCAGAGGACGUUACAUCAAUCAUAGAAUUCAGGCAGAAUGUCCUUCGUGCUCCGGCGAAACUCGAAGGACCCACAAUCGUGCACUGCAGUGCAGGCGUUGGUCGCACUGGUACCUUCAUAGCUAUCGAUAUUCUCACAAAUGAGGGCGAAGCCGAAGGAGCUAUAGAUGUUCCUGGCUGUGUACUGAACCUGCGACAAAAGAGGCCAAAUAUGGUACAGACAGUGGGACAGUACGCCUAUCUUCACCAUGCUGUUGUCCACUCGCUCACAUUUGACAGUAAGCCAGUGGCCAGUGCAAAGUUCCAAUUGUACAUGGACACGACAUCAAAGGAUAAAAUCAGGAACAUGUUUUAUCACUUGCAAGAAACAGCGUCAUUCGGAUCAUCGGAUGAAACCGAAGCAGUUGCAAGAAACGAAAAACGUACUGACAAGAACAGAGAGGGAGCUGAUGUCCCAGGUGAUGAAAAUCGCCCCAAGCUAUACCUAAACCGGAAACCAGGUUCCACAGACUAUGUCAAUGCUGUUUAUGUCAACAGUUUCCAGAAAAAUAAUAAUUACAUCCUUGCACAAACUCCGUUAACAAACACCGUCGUCGAUUUCCUCGCAUUGCUUGUCCAAGCAAACUGUGCGUGCAUUGUAAGUUUGGAAUCAGCAAAUAUGAACGCAGUGGACAUCGGUGUGUACUUACCUGCGGACAAUAAUGUGUUGCAGAAUGGAAUAUUUAGCGUCCGUUGUUCGAAGCCAGAGGCAAAUGAGUACCGAAAUAAACGGACGUUGACCGUUGAGCAUCGAGCGAAUCAGCCCAACGAGGCUUUGUCGUUAACGUACCUGGAGUUUACAGACUGGAACACGGAAGAGAGAAUACCAAAUUCUCCUGCUAAUUUCCGCCGAUUCAUUGCAGAAGUUGACGCAGUAACAGCCAAUAGCUCUGAUCGACCAGUUUUGAUACAUUGUCUGGAUGGUGCCAGUAAUUGCGGCCUAUUCUGUGUGGUUGCCACUCUCCUACAGAAGAUAGAGGUGGAACAUGAAGUCAGCGUAGCGAACGCUGUGCGGAAGGUGAAGACAAGAAGAAAGGGCGCGAUCCCUAACUUAGAGCAGUUUCUGUUCUGCCAUGACUGUGUCCUUGACUAUACUCAGAGCUUCAAAAUCUACUCAAAUUGUGCCGCUGAGCUCUCCGAUUGCUGAGUUCAUGUUGUAUGAAACGACUUGGUCCUUGACUUCAGUCAGAGCUUCAACAUGUACUCCAGCUUCGCCGCUGAGCUCUACGAUUGCUGAAUUCAUGUUGUAUGAAACGACUUGGUCCUUGACUUCAUUCAGAGCUUCAACAUUUACUCCAACUUCGCAGCUGAGCUCUCCAAUUGCUGAGUUCAUGUUGUAUGAAACGACUUGGUUAUUGACUUCAUUCAGAGCUUCAACAUUUACUCCAACUUCGCCGCUGAGCUCUCCAAUUGCUGAGUUCAUGUUGUAUGAAACGACUUGAUCCUUGACUUCAUUCAGAGCUUCAACAUUUACUCCAACUUUGCCACUGAGCUCUCCGAUUGCUGAGUUCAUGUAGUAUGAAACGACUUGGUCCUUGACUUCAUUCAGAGCUUCAACAUUUACUCCAACUUCGCCGCUGAGCUCUCCGAUUGCUGAGUUCAUGUGGUAUGAACUGAUUUGGUCUUUGACUUCCUUCAGAGCUUCAACAUUUACUACAACUUCGCCUCUGAGCUCUCCGAUUUCGCUGAUUUCGGGAAGUCUGCCAUGACUUUCUCUGGAUUAGACUACACUAAAAAAUGCCCAAUCUACUCCGAUCGCAGAGUUGAAGUUGUCUGUCAUGACUGUGUUCUUUGCUAUAUGCACAGUUCACAGUUGCUUUGACAACCACUCCGAUUUCGAUGCUGCUCUUUCCGAUUGCGUACAAUACUUUGUAAACAACAUCAACACCCUCUCAAACUUCGCUGUUUUUAUCUCCAAGUACUGACUUUACAUUGCUGCCCUCAUGAAAGUGCUACUGAUAGACUUCGUAGUGCUUUCCUAAUUAAUGCCGAAACUGAUCUCUCCCAUUGAUGAAUUGAUUUAUACAGUGAUUUUUCUAUUAUUUAAAACACGUGUUUUUUAUGAAUUUACUCAAUAAAAGCUUUUAUCGUAAAGCUGUUUUAAAUCUUAAAAGAAUACAUGCUUUAUUAAGUGUUGGAAUGCAUAACGACAUUAUAACACAUGUCAUUAAACUGGUAUAUACUCUUGGAACAAUUGACCAGAGUUAUAGACUGUAUGUAUAUAAAUGUGAAUCGCAAUUCGCGCACUUUUUGUGUGUAAAUGUGUACAAGUUGAUUGUAUUGUUGCGCGUUAACAUUAUUCAUGACAAUUUCAAUGUGUUGCAUUAAGUAAUAACCUACAUUGACUCGUUUGUGAACAAUUGUAUUCAAAUAUUUUAUUUCAACGUUUGUAUGUAAUAUUUGUCUAUAGCGAUUAUUCGCAACUUGUUUCCAUUUCAAAAGUCCUGCCUCAUUGCCGGCGACAUCUUUAACAAGGUGUGUUUCAUGAUUAUGAACGUUCUUUAUGUCAAUGUUUUGCUUUGUUACUUAUGUUUUUCAGACAUUUGCAAUUGUAAGAGUAAAUAUCAAAUGUGGAUAUUAAACAUGAUGCUUUAUUAUCGGGCUUUUGUAUGAAUUAUGACGUUGCCAUCUUUUUAAAUGUCCACGGAUUAAUAUGAAUUUUUAUUAUACCUCACUUUUAUUCACAAUGCUUAACUUCCAUAGGCCAUAGUGACAUAGAAAUACUGUCAGACCCAGCGGGAAAAUCAUUACUGUCCAAAAAAUACUGUCGCCCGCUCAAAAAAUACUUUCGCCCGCUACCUUAGCAAUCACGUGCGGAAUGGUAAAAAAUUAUACUGUCCCAUUCGCGCAUGCGCAGUACGCAGUUUUGCAUUUCCGUUGUAAACAGACGACCAAAUCUGUCAAAUUUUGCUGAAAUUCAAUACAAUUAUUGAAUAUUAAAAUUGUUCAUGAUUCAUAAAAAUUGGUCAUGUUUGAAUAGUUUUUCGGUAUAAUAAUAUACAUAGUACAUGUCCGACAGGGUGACAGUAUAUGUGUCAACUUUCGGAAAAAUAAGGUCGACCGAGACGAAGCACACAUUUACUGUCUCCCUGUCAGACAUGUAAUAUUUAUAUAAUGUAUAUUUGAGUAUCGGGUCGUAUUGAGCGUUUGGGGGACUGUGCGUUGCUUGGUCCCAUUCUAAGUGACAACAUAUACGUCAUUUAAAGUUAUAUAUAUCUUAACUACGGUUAAACCUUCAUACGCUUAUUUACAACAUAGUUUUAAAUCCAAUUUAUGUGGUUUUGUUAAGAUUGAGCUGUAUUGUUGAAAGUUGGAAACAUGUAAAUGUAUAUGUUUGUAACAAAACGACCAUUGUAUGAUGAAUUCUGUUUUUGAUUUGUUAGAGUUAUGAUGUUAGUUUGCACUUGAAUUUUCGCUUUAUUAUAGACAUUAACUAUAUUUCCAUAAUUUGUAGCCAUGUUUUCCUUGUUCAAGUAUUAAAUGUGCUUCUUGAAUUUUGUAA